UGUCCCCUUCGAUGGUUGGCCCGUUUCCCAUAUUCAAAUUAGGUAUCCUCGCAGUUAAACAGAUCAGCCGCCCGGUCGCUAAUCGUCUUAAGCAAAAGGCCUCUUGUAACGGAUUCUUUCGAAAAUAUUUGUGCAUCCCGUCAGGGCAACUUUAUCAUGUAUGGAACACACGCCUGAAGCUGAAGCUACUGGGUCUGGGCAAACCCAAAGAUGUAAAGAGGCUACCUGACGAAAGUGCCGCCGAGGUAGGAGCCGAAAUCCUCGGUGAAUGCAUUAUGUUCAGCAUAGGUGCAUUCUUGCUGUUUCUCGAAUACCGACGACAGUCAAAAAACGAGGUGGAAAAAGAGCGAAAAGCACGAUCUGAGCUAGAAUCUCUACAAAUAGCGGUACAGGAUCUCGAAUCACGAGUCGCUUUCCAAUCUGAAGCUCUCUACCAGUUUUCAAGGCGCCUUGAGAAGAUCGAGUAG